CACUGAAUGUUAAUGUACACAUCUGCAGUCACGACCUGACGGGCUGGUUUUCGCGGGUAAUUGCAUACAGGGAUAGAGAGAAGUUGCUCCGCCUGGUGUGGAAGUGGCAAAGGUCUCUAUGUCCUGAGACCGCGCUCAGGGUCCGACUCAGUCCUUCAGGUCCUCAGUCCUCCGCCACCAUGAGCUUCAUCGCGGACGACGUGGAGAUCGACCCGGUCACCCUCAACCUCAUCAUACUGAUCGCCAGCUAUGUCAUCCUCCUCCUCGUCUUCCUCAUCUCCUGCAUCCUCUACGACUGCCAGGGCAAAGACCCCACCAAGGAGUACGCGCCCGACCCCGUGCCCAACGCCAACGCCGCGCCCAUCCGGCUGGUGGUCAUGCAGAGCUCGCCCGCCAACGCCCGGUGGGACCAGAACAAGAUGGUGACCACCUACGAACCGCCGGCCACCGAGAAAAAGAGUACUUUGGUCUGAGACGGGCUGAUAACAGCUCCGUUUAC